GACAGCUCUGCGGUUCCUUCCUUCGAUGCCAUUUCUGACUUAUGGGUCGGACUCUAGCUUUUUUUAUGGGACUUGCAGAGAUGCCAAGACCGCAUUGCAGGUCGUGGUGGCUCACGACAGCCCUGCCAGAACUGAAGGUGUCAUAGGAACUUCGGAAUCUGCCUUUGAAGCAGUGUUGAAGUCAGACCAUUGGUCCGUCUAGCUCAGGAAUCCCUUGAUUUCCACUGGCUUUCCAGGAUUUCAGCAGCAGCCGCAGCCGCAGCCGCGCGCCAGCAGCCCGGUGCUGAUCCUGACGGUCUGCGCGGCGGGGGUCGGAGGCACCUUCCAGUACGGCUACAACCUGACGGUCAUCAACGCCCCCACCCCGGGUGGCGUGCCUUCUUUUGCUUAUCACCACAACAUUCCUGCGAGGUAGGUUAGGCUGGGAGAGAAGUGACUGACCCAGAGUCAGCCAGUGUGAUGUUCGUGGCCGAGUGGCGAUUUGAACUCAGGGUCUCCCUGGUCCUAGUCCGGAACUCUAACCACGACACCAUUCAGGAUCCCAGGCAACAUGUGUGAUUGCCCAGCCUUAGUGGACCAUGGCGACAACCCUGUGAGGUAGGCCAGGCGGAAAGCCGAUGACUGGCCCAAGGUCACUUGGGAAGAGGGGAUUUGAACUCGGGUCCAAGCCGAGCUCUUGCCGCAUUGGGAGAUGUGACCCCAGCAGGAUGGAUGAGUUGCUCUUCAGGGUGCUGGAGCCCCUGCAGCAAGCUCUCCAUCCGCUCUCUGUCACAUGUUGCAGUAUAUCCAGACCUUCAUGAACAAGACAUGGCUGGAGCGUACCGGCAGGCCCUUGGAGGGGAGGGCUGCUGCCCUGAUCUGGUCUUUCAUCGUCUCCGUCUUCUCCUUGGGGGGCCUCGCAGGAGCCCUUCUGGCAGGACCCAUGGCCAUUAAGCUGGGAAGGAAGAAGUCGUUGCUGCUGAACAACCUGUUUGUGGUCCUCGCGGCCUUCUUGGUGGGCUUCAGCCGGAUGGCCGGGUCCUUUGAAAUGAUCAUGCUGAGCAGGUUUUUGGCAGGAAUCAAUGCUGGGGUGGGCAUGAACGUCCAGCCCAUGUACUUGGGGGAAAGUGCCCCCAAGGAGUUCCGGGGGGCCGUCGCUUUGACGUCUGCAUCUUUCACAGCCCUUGGACUGGUCCUGGGACAGACCGUUGGACUCCGAGAGCUCUUGGGGGCAGAGGAGAACUGGCCCCUCCUCCUCGCCAGCAACGUGGUGCCUGGUCUCAUCCAGCUGGUGCUUCUGCCCUGGGCCCCCGAAAGCCCCCGGUACUUGCUGAUUGACCGAGGAGACGAGGCCUCUUGCAUCUCUGCGCUGCGGAGGUUGCGGGGCAGCGACGACCUGAGUGCGGAGAUGAAAGAGAUGCUGGCUGAACAAGCCGCCACCCAAGGAGAGGCGGCCAAGGCCCCCUGGGACCUCUUCCGGAACCGGGCCGUGCGGUGGCAACUCAUCACCAUCGUGGUGCUCAGCAGUGCUAUGCAGCUCUGUGGCAACGACUCAAUGUACUUCUAUGCGACUUACAUCUUCCAAGAGGCUGGGAUUCCAUCGGACCAAAUCCCGUAUAUCAUCAUUGGCACGGGGAGCUGUGAGCUGAUCACGUCGGUGACUUGUAACCUCCUCAUCGAGCGUGCCGGACGGAGGGUGCUGGUGAUUGGGGGCUACAGCCUUAUGGCCAUCUGGGCCGUAGUUUUCAUGGUGGCCCUGGCUCUCCAGGACCGUUUCCUCUGGAUGCCCUACCUGAGCAUGGCGUGCCUCUUUGCCUACAUCCUGAGCUUUGGCAUCGGACCUGCUGGAGUGACAGGAGUGAUCCCCACUGAGCUCUUCGAUCAGCUGACCCGCCCAGCUGCCUACAUGAUCUGUGGCUCUCUGCUCUGGAGCAACCUCUUCGUGGUGGGCAUGGCCUUCCCCUUCAUCGUGGAAGGCCUUGGCUAUUUCUGCUAUCUUCCUUUCCUCACCGUUUGUGUCUGCACUGCUCUCUAUGUGGGUUUCUUCCUUCCUGAGACGCAGGGAAAGACCUUCCUGGAAAUCUCAGAAGAGUUCAACAAGCGCAACUUCCCAGCAAAGGCUCGAGAGAAUUCUUGGACAGACCUUGAAGAAACCAAAUCAACUAUGUUGUAGCCUCCGAGCACAGGAGAACAGCCGGCAGAACAGAAAAGGAAAUGCCCUCAGACCCCCGCCCUCCUGGGUAGGGGAUUGAAACCAGAGCAGAAGUAACUCUGGAGGCAUUAAAUCGGUACUCAGCUUCUCGAACACUGAGUUCGUGUGAGCAAAACCCUCCUCAAACCAAAUAUUGUCUAUGGAAAUGUUCACUCCAAAAUUCAGUUUUGAAAUCCUGGGAUUUGUUUGUUUUAACAGAAAAUAUGUGUCUCUUCAGUUGGGGUAGCUUUUAAUGCUGAGAACAUAUUCCAAUGAAGACACAUUCCAGGUCUGGUGACCUGACUUUCAACCCAAAGAAGCAAUUUCUAAAGCUUUAACUAUCGGCAAUUUUUGCAGAAAGUGGUGUGCUCUUAUAGCAAUUGUGGGCAUGAUUUCCUAGGUGCUUCAGUAUACCUGACUAUUCCUGAAGCAAAUUUGUGAAAAACUGCUCCAUCCUGGUGAUCUCCAAUUCCAAAAUGUGCACCUUCAAUCUGAGUUUCAAAUUGUGUACAUGGCAAAGUCCAAACGGAUGUGAAAUUCCAUCUUUGGCGUAGCUGAGAUUGGAUGGCGUUCUGAGUCUGCGGCAAUGUCUUUGGUUGAGCCUACGCAACUUUGGCCCUCCAGCUAUUUUGGGACUACAACUCCCAUCAUCCCCAGCCACCGUGGCCAAUAGUCUCUUUAUAUUAAGCAGGGGGAGAGCAACUGGCCCUAUUCAACCCCAGCACAGCAUCCCUUCAGUGGCUGCUCCUGGCUGGUGGCUACCUUGUGUUUUCUUUUUAGAUUGUGAACCCUUUUGGGAGCCUGUCUCUGUAAACCCCUUGGAGAACUUUCUCUUGAAAGGCAGUAUACUGUCUAAAUAAUAGUAUUAGUAGUCAUGGCUGAUGGGAGUCGUAGCCCAGCAUCUGCAAGAGGGUCAAAUUUGUGCAUCCCUGGUUGAGGUUGUGCAGCUGAGGACCAGCAGAGAAGGAAGAAGACCAAUAGGUCUCCCUGAGAACCCCUUGACUGCUAAAGAGAGUCCCUGUGCCAUCUGGCUGGUGAUAACUUCUGGCCGGAUCCGGCACUGUGCUGCUUAUGCCCUCAUGACAAAUGCACUGUUCACCCUGCCUCUCUUCUGCAACUAGAAGCCAAGCACUGAUCUUUUCCCACUGCCCCACCGUCUCCCAGAAAUGGAGAUCAAACAAAAAUGUGUGGCACUGACAAUUGCUUCUGAAAGUUCCUUGAACUGUUGGUUUUUGGAUCCUGUUUUUGCAUGAGCAAAGUAGCUUAGACAAUAAAACAGAUAACUUUUAUUACGGUCAAAGACCAGCGGCAGUGUAAAUGAUGAGCAGCUUUAAAUGGAGGAUAAAGAGCAUAAGAAGCUUAUGCAACAAAGCAGUCCUGAACCAGCAGGGCCUGUAAAAUGGUUUUUUUUUUUUACUCCCCCAUGCCUCAGGGAGCUAUACGAUACGGGACUUUUUUUUUUCUCGUGCAAAGAAGAGGUGGGCUGUCGGAGAUGAGGAAUUGGCUGUUGAGAAUGAGUACCGUAGAGAGAGACGCUGCUGUUCAGGUAGCAGAAAACGCCCCCUUUGCCCAGUGUGGGUCAGAGACACCACGUCCUACUGGCUUUCCUGCCUGUGCACAGACGAGGCAAGAUGAGAGCCUGAUACGAAGCUGUCCACUUCCACACGCAGCCCAGACCUCAGCACUGGGGACAUCUUUUAAUCACCACCAGGCUCAGAGCAUGAUAUGCUGAGACCCUAAGCUAGGUACUAUAUCGGGCAGCAGCGCUCUAGGAAGAUGCUGGAAGGCAUCAUCUCAGACUGAGCAGGAGGAGGCAAUGGUCAACCCCUCCUGUAUUCUGCCAAAGAAAACCACAGGGCUCUGUGGGCUCCAGGAGUCGAAAUCGACUUGACGGCACACUUUGCUUUACCAUAAGACCAGCUCUCCUCCCCGCAGCUCCUUCCCUUGACAUUAUCUCAUAAACAUGAUGGCAGCUUGUUUGUGCCUCUCGAUGUAUUUGACCUUGAUCCGGGGGCUGGAGAGUAUUCUGAGGGUACAAGUUGAGCAAGGAGAGGGUCAGAGGAAGCCUCUGCAUGAUGUAUUAUAUGUUCCCUCUCCAGAGAUGCUGCCUGCAUAUCUGGAACCAACUUAGCUCCACCCUCUGACCCUAUUGCUUCCUUGCUGCAGGCAGGAUAGGUCCCUUUCUAGGCAUCUUCUAAGAAACUCCCUCUCCUAAUAACCUUUGCAAGAUAUGUACAUACCAAGGUGUUAGCAUGGUGCUGAGGUAUUAAUGAAUAAUUGUCUCCUGAAAAGGUGAUGGCAUGCAAAUAUUGCAGCCCCUGAACGCUCUAUGGGAAAAUAAACCUUGGAUUUGGACUGACCGA